AGACUUGGCCUUUGGCUUGGCUGUUCGUUUUGUUUGAUUACUUUUUUUUGGCCCCCUACACCAUUAGCAGCUUCACGACCCUUUGAUAAAAAUGGGUUUUCACGAAAAAAACUCGGGGGAAAAAUUAACAUAAAAACGAACAACAAAAGGUGGUAGAUGCAUGCGCCACCACCACAAUACCAACUUCUUAAAUUCACUCUCUCUCUACUUCUUUCACAAUCUUCCUUCAUUCUUGUGUACACAACAAACAAUCAUCAGAUUUCUUUUGCCAGAUUUUGGUUUUAAUCCUUAAAAAAGAAACCUUCUUUCCCCCCUCGGUUUCUACGCUGUCUCAACCACCACCUUUGCUUUUCCCUUUCUCAGCCUUAAGGGCACGGCCAAACAGAUUGGUGCAAAGGACGAUCUAUUUAGGCAUUGUUCACUGAUUAAAAGGUUGCCAACAUGGUGAGCUUACGCAGACGCAGACUCCUGGGACUCUGCUCUGGGAAGAGUUCUUUUUUGACUCCACUUUCUAGAUUUUUUGAUAAUGGAAAUGCCCCUGAAAGUUCAACCCAGAAUGAAAAAUCAGUUAUUGUGCAUCCCAUGCCCUCUGACUCCAUCAACCACGUGCCUGGGAAAAGCAUCGCCAAGGUUAGCUGUGGAUCACCAAACAUUUCUGGUUCUGGAAAAUCGAAAGAGCAUCAUAAUCAACCUUUUCCGGAGCAACCAAUCAAACGAAGGAAGCGACACAGAAGGAAGCACGUGUCAAACCAAGAACCUUGCUUAAUGAGGGGUGUAUACUUCAAAAAUAUGAAAUGGCAGGCCGCAAUAAAAGUUGACAAGAAACAGAUUCACUUGGGCACUGUUGGUUCACAAGAAGAAGCUGCCCGCUUAUAUGACAGAGCCGCUUUCAUGUGCGGAAGGGAGCCUAACUUCGAGCUUUCGGAGGAGGAAAAACAAGAGCUUCGGAAGUUCAAGUGGGAGGAGUUUUUGGCAUAUACUCGCCAUUCAAUUACCAAUAAAAAGUACAAGCGAAGGCAUCGGAGUCAGACCGCAGAAGAGCUCUGAACCUGCAAUAGAGGAUGGUCGGUGACCGGGAACAACGAACAAGGAGUCAAUAGCUUCUCAGCUUGAGUGGAGCUGAAUAAUCUGGGUCUAUUGAUUACACUCUAGUUGCAGAGUCUCCAUUUUUGGGUGUAUAAAAGUCCCCCUAUUUGGGCAACAUCUCAAUGAUAAAUCUCCAUUGUUAUCACAGUGUUUAAAUCCCAAAUAAGUACUAAGUACUGGUUGGUUGCAUCAUCAGCCUGAACCAUUGCUAUUAGACUGAUGAAAGGCAUGCAAAAAGAUAAUUGCUGGAAAAAUAACUUCUAUUUCAGAAGAAGCAUUAAUCCUUUGCUUAGGUGGC